AAUAGAGUUCAUCUCGGCCACGGACUUCGCAUCUGUAAAAUGCAUUCAGUAUGUGCAUGCCAUAGAACGCUCGCAGCAUUUAUCCAGCUUUUGGUAUCGCCUUUCUGUAGAGAAGGACCCUAUUAACUUCUCGAUAAGACAUCUCCUGUUUUCAGUUUGUUGAAAAGUGACACCCGACUACUUCAAGUGUUGUUUAUCCGCUCGAGUCUCCCACGUAUACCACCAGUGUUAGCCACAUACAUCGUGACAGACCCAGUCAACGGGGCCAAUCCGCGAUCCAAAUUUACUGUAUUUACUGAGAAAGGAGUAUUUUUUAGAGAACUUUAGUUCUACGUUCCCAUCCCAGCAACUAGUCCAAUCAAGCCAGGUCAACAUGUCCAGGUGGGGUAGUGUUGUAUUACUUGGUAUUUGCUUCAUCGUUGUUGUUAUCAGCGAAGACGAGGAAAAAGACCCCAUACUCAAAAGAGAACCAGACAUAUCGGAAGUCCCGAAGACUGGAAAUGAUGUAAUUUAUGACGAUUUCGAACCUCCUUAUCCAUUCGAGGGUCAUAUCCCAGAUGUUGCUGAAGUGGGUCAUUUCGAAGCGAUUAAUCUUCCAACCACCUUCGAAACGUACGAUAUAGAUAGCAAUGGACAUGUAAAUUUGACAGAGUUAGCCUUAGCAACGGAAACCAAAGAAGAGGAUGCUCAAAAACCUUUUGACGAUGCGGAUCUUAAUGGUGAUGGUGUACUAGACGAGGAUGAAUUUAAGAAAGCGCCAUGGGCGUUCGAGCCAUAUUCCCAGUGAACUACUGCCUUCCUUUCUAUUGAACUAGAUUGUCAUGCACAUUUCAUUCAAGGGCAUCGUCAUUUUUUUUAAAUUACGCUAUUACAUCAGCGAUACUUUAUUUAUAGUGCUACAUUUAUAUUUUUUCAAUAAAAAAUGUAUAUAUGCCAGGCUGUUUUUACUUA